AGACUACCUUUCAGAAAAAGAACAAAAACAGAAACAAAGGAUAAGUUUUGCCUCCGUGAAGUGUAAACCCCCGCGUCUCUCCCACUCCAUCUGUCACAGUCGUAGCUCCUCCGCCGCCUCCGUUUUCGAGGUGGAGAAAGCUGGCGUGCUUUCUAAGGAGUUGAUAGAAUGGCGUUGAGGCGUCUCCUUGGCUGGUCGGAUGGUGAGUUGAUGAGAUCAGAUGCAAAGCCUUGUUCCAGAUUAAUGAGGCAGACGGCUGGGAUUUUCACUGUUGGAGGAGCUUUGGGAUUUUGGGUUCUCUGCAGAUUGCAAUAUGGUCCAAGGAUUACGGUUCCAAGAAGUCUCCGGUGGGCAGCUUGUGGAGCUGUGUCUGUGAGCUCAACAUCUGCCUUAUUGGUCCGCCUAUUCAGUCCUGAAUGUGAACCCCAAAACGUAGCUGCUUAUGACAUGGGAAAGUAGCACUGGGUUCCUUGUGCUUGUCAAAAUUCAUUGCUGGUUUUCUAUUGAUUGACCAGUUUGGUGACAGUGUCUUUUGUUUAGUAUGGCCCUGGGAUCUUCGGCAAUGCCUAUUGUUUUAUCAAUUUUCCAGUAUGGCAUGGAGCAACUGUUGCUGUAGGAUAUAGACAUGUGUGAACUUAUUUGGUUGCAACCACUCGUUUUUUUUUUU